GGGACAGUCAAAUGAGUAUCGGGAAUGUACCGAAUUUACCGGGAACCGUGCUUGAUUAAGAAUCUAUAUGAAACCAUCCAGGAGAACCAGGGCUCUUUUCCCUCAGUUCUCUGUUAAUUCGUCACUAUUAUUAUCAAUGUAAUCGUUAUCAUUAAUUGAUAUUAUGUUACUAUCUUGGAAUAUUUUAGGGAGUCAUGAGAUAUAACUUGGUCCUCCCUGAAAUGUAAACAAAUAUGGCCGCCAAAACACAGCACUGGGUUCGGAUUUUUGAGGUCAACGAGACAAAACGCCAUCCCAAGGGAUACACUAUUUAUCAGGUGAAGUCCACGGUAUUUCCUAGAACCAGUCCUGAAGCCUCUACCUCAGUGGUUGUGUGGCGGCGAUACUCAGAGAUCAGCAGACUUCACCGGGCCAUUUCAGAGUUACAUGAGAAGCUCGGCCUCUCUGGAAAGCUGCCCCCUUUCCCUCGGGCCACCAUCCUCAACAGAUUCGAGGCAGAUGUGGUGGAAGCACGGCGAGAGGCAACACUCAACCUCCUGAAAUUCAUCGGCCAACACAGCCCCUUGUUUACCUCAGAGCCAUUCACAAGUUUUUUCCAGAAUAAUGAAAAGAAGACUACAGGACAUUUUGGGGAGAGGAGGAAAAGGACCAAGGGAAGAUCAAAGGAGGCAGAGCAACUGGCCACAACUCUGGGCAUCCAGGACAGUGUCUCUCUUUAUUCCCAGCUGAGUGAAUCUGAAGAUGACUUAAGUUUGUGCUCCACCCCUGAUUACCCUUUUCCUGUAAUUCCAGCACCCUCUACCUCCGACUUAGCUGAGGCUAGUGGCUCUGUAGGUUUUGAUUUUUCUGGUGAUCCCCAUAGAAGUAAUACUACUCAGUCAGUAUCCAGAAUGAAGAAUGGCAGUGUUGGAACUCUUGGAGUUUCAGAGGAAUCUCAGAGAAAAAUUUUAAGUAAAAAUUUGCAGGAAAACCACCAUGCUCUACAGAGAACAACUGAAGGACAAACAGUUAAAGAAAAAGUAAUUCAUGACCAGAAUGCAUUGCUUUCGCAUAACAGUAGCAUGGAUGACAGUGUGUUUGAGUUCCCUCAAGGGGACUUGAACAGUCAUGUUGUAGACCCAUCAGACCUCAGCGAAAAACAUACCAUUACCUCAUCAGUAUCUAGCACAUCAUCUCUUUCUUACUGUGUUUAUGAAAACCCAGUGCAUGACUCCCCUUUACAUCAAGAAUCCUACCACAAGGACCUAAAGCAGCCUGAAGACAUCAUGCCCACGACCACCCACCCACUGCCACCUGUUAACAUCACCAAAUCAGUCAGCAUCCCUGAAAGGAAGAGUUCUGUGCCUCUCACACCUCUGACACCACUCACAACAACAGUCACACCAUACGUUCCUACACACAAGGUCCCCACUCCUCAGGAAGUGGCCAACAGUCAGUACAUAUUCAUUGCAGCACAACAGAUAAGUGAAGCACAGCAACACGAGCAGCAGAAGGAUUACAAGAAAGCACUGAACAUGUAUCGGGAGGGGGUGGGUACCCUACUACAAGGUGUUCAAGCUGGUACUUCUGUGGACCAUUCUAGGAAACAAGGUGAUAAUGAUGGGGAUCGGAGGGAUGCAGUGAAGAGAAAAACAGCCCAGUACUUGCAGCGGGCAGAGCAGCUGGUGGCCAGACUCACACGCAGGGACAAAAAAAGAGAGCAGUUUUUGGACGGUCCUGAAGCUGAGGUGUGUAGUGGAGGAGAGGGAGACUUGAAAUGCAGUGCUACUGAUCUAGCGAGGUAUAAGGUGGUGGGCUGGACUGGAUCUGUGAUUAUUGCCACUGACUCUUCAAAUGGAGAUACUGUGGCCAUUAAAGUGCAUGUAAAGAGUGGGAUAGGAAGUGGAGAAAAGACUGUGAUUCCAAGAGAAGUGCCAUUCAUGGUGCCUGUGAUGCGAUACCAUGAGACUGACACUGCCAUCUACUUGGUUCUCAAAUAUAUAAGUGGAGGGAAGUUGUGGAGCCAUAUCAAAAAGUAUGUUGAAGCAGAAGAAAAUUUCUAUAAUACUCUCCAUGGCAGUGUAACAACCACUACUUACUCCGGCCGCCGCCUGCUUCAGGAAUCCAUGGAAUAUGACAGGUCAUCUGCUGGACACCAAACACCUUCUCAUAAUUCCCACGUGUCCCAUUUGUCAUCUGCAAGCCUGUUAAACAUACCCACUUGUACUACAACAAGAGCAAAUUCUGAGUGUUCAGAUGUUUCUUCUACAUGCCUGCCUGAUGCAUACCUACAGAUCUACUCAGAAUAUGAUCCAACCCUCCCUUCUUCAUCCUCCAUGUUGAUUCUUCCCCAUAACACACACAACAAUCAUACUACAAUGGAUUCUGUACCUAAAUCACUCAGCACAGGUGCUUUAUCAGGAACAUCAGUGUAUCCAGACCCUGGCUGUGCUGGCCCACAUGACAGUGGUGGGAAAUCAGUGGCAGAAAAUAAAGUCACAAAAGACUACGUUCCAUGGCCUAAUGGUGACAAUAUGAUUGAGGAAGACAAAGUGAGUAUAGGAAGUGAUACACUGUCAGGAGUUAGUGAAGAUUUUAGUUGUUCUUUACCUGUUGGUGUCCCAGAUCUGUUACCAGACACAGUACCACUUCCAGAAGUGAGAAUCACUGCAGAUAGCUCUGUGAUUAGCUCAUGUAAUGAAUUACCUCAGACAGUAGGAGGUAAGGAAAGUAGAAAAGAUAAUAUUAAUGGCUACUUAAAGGGUGAAUCACAAAGGAGCAGUAAAACCAAUAAUAUAGUUACAAAGGAAGUGACACCAGAAGAUGGAAAGGAACUGCUGGACACUAGACAGUUAAAAAGUCCUCUUACUGAAAAUGGAGGAAAAGAGACUGUAUCUCCUACAACUGCUGUGUCCCCUACAGCUGCUGAUCAUCUUGAGCCUGAUGAUGAAAAUAGUAUAACUGACACCUCCUUUGCCAGCAUCACUCUUCCAUCUUUUUCAUGGGCUAAGCAGGAAGAGUCUGAAGUGGCCUCCCUUGAUAUCGAGGAUCUUAUAAGGAAUUCUCGUCAGCUGUUGCAAAAUGUUGACCACACACUGUUACAGAGCAGGAGUCAGAGUGUAAUUUUUCCUAUUUCGGGUGAAAGUAGCUCAGGUGACCAGUCUGAACUGCCUAAUGAUAAUGGUAGUAUAAACCAGGAUCAGCCUAAUAAAAAGGGGGCCUUAGAUUCCCAGACUCUUCAUGAGAAAAAAUCACUAGGGAUCAAGCUCUCAAAGAGUAAUUCUUCAGUGCGAGUAUCGCCAUUAAUGGCUCGCCGACUUGGAUUAAAUCAAGAGGGUCACAGAACUAAAAAGUCUAGCUUGAAAUGCACUAGAAGUGAAAAUAACUUGUCAACACCACAGAAAUUUGCUACGUCUGUAACAGAAAAUAAUAAAAUAGAUUUGGAAACAGGAGUUGUAAAGCAAAUUAUAGACAUGUCACUGAAUGGCACUAGUCAGGCUGUGUCACAACAUUCUGAGCAGUCACAAGAUUAUGUAGAAAAGUGGAGUUCAGAAUCGAAAGAAAGCCUAUCUCUUGCUAAAUGUGAUCCACCUUCAGAAAAUUCCUUGGCAGCUCUCCUUGAAAAGUAUUCUGCUAGUAGAGGACAAGACUCCCAGCCAAGGUUACCAGAAGGCAUUGUGAAGGUAUGGCUGUCCCAAAUAAUCUCAGCUGUCUCAUCUCUACACCACCAGGGUAUAGUCUUAGGGGAUCUGAAUCCAGAUGAUAUUCUACUGGAUGAAGGGGGAAGCAUCUUGAUGACUCAUGUGAGUCGUUGGUCUUCAGUGCAACAGGGAGUGUGGAAGGCCCGUGGCGUGUCCAGCAUGUCAAAGGUCUGGAUACAGAGGGGCUACUUGGCCCCAGAGCUAAUUUCACCUGUGGCUCAUCCAACACCUGCCUCUGACUGGUGGUCUAUAGGAGCAUUAAUGUACCAUUUGCUCACUGGACAGAGCCUUUCCCGAGCACAUCCUUCUGGCAUCACCUCCCACACUGAGCUCCUGAUGCCACCACACCUCACUCCUGAGGCAGUUUCUCUCCUUUCCCAGCUGCUGUGUGUUCAUCCCACGGAGAGGCUUGGGGGAGGUGGAGCAGGAGUUCAGGAGGUCAAGGAUCAUCCCUUUUUCACUGGUAUCCAGUGGGCCAACUAGCUGCUUCGGGUGAUGAAUCUCCCUAUGCAAAGAGUGAACUAUAAUGCUCAAGUGUAGAUAACAUUGUGAAGCAGAUUGAGGCUGAGUGAGUGAGUGUUCAUAAUAGUGUUGUUUUAAGUACAUUACAUGACAAAGGAUCUGGCAAAUUUGCAAUAUUGGUGCUCCUCACACAAUGAAUCCAGUAUUCACUGUGAUUUUUUCAGAUUUAUUAUUUGAAAAUAGAUAAACAAAUACACACACAAACAUAUAGAAAUGUAUAUAUUGUAUCUGUAUAUUAGAUUAAAAUUUCCUUAAAAGUGAUAUUGGGGUCAAGGUGUCUGCAUAAUGCCUUGCCAUAUAUAUAUAUAUAUAUAUAUAUAUAUAUAUAUAUAUAUAUAUAUAUAUAUAUAUAUAUAUAUAUAUAUAUAUACAGUGGAACCUCAGUUUCUGAACUUAAUUCGUUCCUGAAUUCCAUUUGAAAUCUGAAAUGUUCAAAAACCAAAAUUAUUUUCCCCACAGGAAUCAAUGUAAAAUAGAUUAAUCUGUUCUUAGACACCCAUCCACCAUGUCUUAGCAGGUAAUGACCAACACUCCCACUGCUAAGAUUGCCACUCCACAUCUUCAGCAUAGAAAUUUUUUGUCCUAAAAGGAUGUAUUAAAUGAACUUAGUGACACAGAACUCAUCAGAAGAUAUUGUUUAGACCAUGCAGGCAUUUUCUAUGUUACCAAUCAAGUAAGGGAAGCCUUACAGAGUGACACAGAGAGGAGCAACCCACUCACCACCAAAAUGAAGGUAAUCAUAACACUUAGACAUCUUGAUAGUGGGAAGAGCUACUGGGAAAAUGCAGUUGUGCAGUAGUGAUAGCAUUAUGGGUCAUAGAGAGAGCCACAGGAGACUCGCGAUUACUCCUGAGCCCCAAACCUUGUUUGUUUACAUCAAGUUUCUUCAACGGGAUCACAUUUAACUUCAACAAAGAUUGAAUUACUGUCUUACCUUCUGUGUCUCUCCUCCAAAUAUAUAAAGAUUAAAGAAAUGUUUAUAGAAACUAUAAAUUAGUAAUAAAUGGCAGCUUUUGCUACAUCCUGUAGUAUUUGAAAUCAAGUAACCUUGUUCAAAAACUGAUUUAUGGUUCGGCAACCGAAGCAAUUAUGAGUUAAAAUUUUUGUUUGAAAACUGAGUUGUUCAGAAAGGGAGGUGUUCAGUAACUGAGGUUACUAUAUAUAUAUAUAUAUAUAUAUAUAUAUAUAUAUAUAUAUAUAUAUAUAUAUAUAUAUAUAUAUAUAUAUAUAUAUAUAUAUAUAUAUAUAUAUAAUUUAGAUUUAUAUAAAUAAGUAGAUAUAUAGAUAGAUAUGGAACCACACUUGGUCGAACUUUUCUCUCUCUCUCUCUCUCUCUCUCUCUCUCUCUCUCUCUCUCUCUCUCUCUCUCUCUCUCUCUCUCUCUCUCUCUCUCUCUCUCUCUCUCUCUCUCUCUCUCUCUCUCUCUCUCUCUCUCUCUCUCUCUCUCUCUCUCUCUUAGCAUCCUACAUAUGUCAGCUAAGGAAGGAGAGCAUUCUAUGCUAUUACAACUUUCUCAGAGUCUUACAUAUCUUUGGCCAGUGGGAGGGUUGGAAGAUCAGCCACUAUAGCAAUUUUUUUGACAGAGCCAAAAUACACCAGCAGACAUAUCACCCAUUAAAGCAAUUGCUUGUCUUCCACAGAUUCUGUAAGCUUCUUCUUAAGCAGAUCAGACAAAUACAGUUAAACCUCAAUGUAACAAACUAAUUAAGAGGAAGGACAUCUUUAUAUAUCAAGUAAUUCACUAUAUAUGUGACAGUCAUCAUAAAACAAGGCCUUGUAAGUAACUUAGGUUGUUUUGUAAAGCAAAAUCAUUAGGUAAAGAGAUAAUAUGAUGUGCAGUUAUCAUCAGAUACCAUGAGAUAGAAUAGGUUGAGCUAAUGGAGAUGUUUCUUAAAUCUUCAUCAAUGAUAAUGUGUGGGUGAAACAAGUGCUACCAAUUGUUAGCUGCUUCUUAUUAAGUUAACAGGAAAUUUUAACAUUUAGUGAACUUUCCCUGUCAUAAUGAUAUGGAGCUCAAUUAGUGUUUGCUGGGCUUAAAGGGUUUGUUUUAUUGAGGUUUUCCUGCUACUACUUUUGAUUAUCCAAAAGUCCCAACUUAUACAUAGUUGGAAAAGCUUUUGCCUCACCCUUUUGUGAUCAUUAAAGACUAUGCUUGUUAUGCAUAGCAAGCAGAACCAUUUUUUAAUCUUUAUUAAUUAAUAUGUUUUGAGUGAUGCUCUUGUGAAUAAAAUAAAGAAUUCAGUUGAGGAAGAGAGAGAGAGAGAGAGAGAGAGAGAGAGAGAGAGAGAGAGAGAGAGAGAGAGAGAGAGAGGCUCAUAAACAGAGAGAUGGAGUGUUUGCUGUGAAGUGUUUGGACUGGUAAGAUGAAGCAUCUUCAGGCAUGUCGGUCCCUCUGGCGGUGUACAAGGAAUGUAAAUCAAAAUGGAAUAGAAAAUUAAGUAAAUGAGAUGAACAUAUUUAUUUGAUGGUAUUUUGCUUUGAUCAUAAAUGUCUGAAAUGUGCCAUCUUUGAUAUGAGUCAGUGAAUGUUCAUUAUGGUCAAACCUCUUUAUAUAAUUAUGCUGUAUACAUAUGUACUGUUUUUACUUAUUAUUUUCAUGUGUUUAUUUUUCAUUCUUAUCUGUAUUCCAUAUCUUUUAUUUCUAUUUUAUUUUAUUACCUAUUUAUUAUUAUUAUUAUUAUUAUUAUUAUUAUUAUUAUUAUUAUUAUUAUUAUUAUUAUUAUUGUCAUUUUUGUUAUUUAUUUAUUUAUAUUUAUUUAUUUAUUUAUUUAUUUUAUUUAUUUAUUUAUUUAUUUAUUUAUUUAUUUAUUUUAUUUAUUUUAUUUUAUUUAUUUUAUUUUUUUCUGAGAUGUUAGUGUUCUACUCUUUGGCCUUGUAUAGGGCAUUAUCAUUUGGUGCCAUCCUGUACUGGUAGAGGCAAGUGUGUUUAUGACACUAUCUCUUGAAGACUCGUGCUACUCUUGGUGCCACAUCUAACCACUGUUAAAUUUAAGUUGUAUGGGUAGCAUGCAGUUGAUUUUAAAUCAGUUGACAGCACACUAAAUAUCAGCAUGCCAGCAUACUUAUGUAGUAGUUGUGCAUAGAACUCUUUAUCUUUCAUUUCACCUCAGUCACUACCUCCUUUAUAUAUAUAUAUAUAUAUAUAUAUAUAUAUAUAUAUAUAUAUAUAUAUAUAUAUAUAUAUAUAUAUAUAUAUAUAUAUAUAUAUAUAUAUAUAUAUAUAUAUAUAUACAUACACAGUAGGGUAUGUGACAAUGAACAUGAUUCAUUCCGUUGUGGUGAUCAUUAUAGCAAAUGUCAGUUAUGGCGACUGAAGAACUUAAGGCCAAAAAAUUCAUUGAUUCCGGGGAACCAGAAAAUAAUAAGAAAAAUUCCACAAUUAAAAAAAAACAUCAAAAUGAGCACAUUUGCACUACCAAAUUUGAGUUAACACAACAUGUAUAUAUACAGUACCCUCCCAAAUUUCACGCCUAGUCCUAUAUUCUUACCAUUCCAGCUUCGCGCAUUAUCACCCUGAGUUUCGCGCUGCUUAGACGAGUAUGGGUUACAUUUACCUACUGUUCAUCAUGUGUAUACAUACAGUAAAUCCUGCCUAAAUUGGAGCCAUCUCUCUCUCUCUCUCUCUCUCUCUCUCUCUCUCUCUCUCUCUCUCUCUCUCUCUCUCUCUCUCUCUCUCUCUCUCUCUCUCUCUCUCUCUCUCUCUCUCUCUCUCUCUCUCUCUCUCUCUCUCUCUCUCUCUCUCUCUCUCUCUCUCUCUCUCUCUCUCUCUCUCUCUCUCUGAAAGUAAGAACAAUCCUAAGAAUUGCUAAAUAGAAUGAAACUGAUUGAGAAUAAAAAUGGAAUUACAUGUACAAGAGUGAGAAAGAGUGAAAAAAGAUGAAACAAAAAUGACAUCAAAUGAAUGAGGGGGAGAGAGAUAUUUCUGACAGAUAAGGGGGAGAGGAGGUGACAGGGAAGGAGGUUUGAAACAAGAGAAAAGAAUGGAGAGGAUAGAAAAAAGGAAGGAAGAGACAGGAGCUGGAUAGGUGAGCAGUGGCUUGCAUCGCUGGUGAGUUAGUCUUGCGAGUUUUAGUUUGUUAUUCCGAUUAAGUUUUUAUUGAAAUUUCAGUUCUCACACAAAUAGCAAGUUUGUCUUGUUAGUUUCGGUUAGUUAUUCCAAUUAUAUUUUUAUUAAAAUUCCAGUGCUCGCACUAGUGGCAAGUUUGUUUUGCCAGUUUUGGUUCAUUAUUCCGAUUAAAUAUUUAUUAAGA